UGUGUCAGCUUGGUUCAUCGAGGGGAAAAAGAAGAGUUGAACUUGACAAAGUGGCUGCUGUCACGGCCACAGUUGCCAUCAAAAGAGUCCCUGAAGAGGGCAUAAGCGAGGAGUGGAAGCUUGGGUGAAGAAGACCAAGAAAGUCAGACCACAGGCGGAUUACAAAAGUCAACACCGUGGACCACCUUUUUGUCCGUCAGUCGUCACAUUUGAGGGGUUGAGUCAGAACCAUGAACGUGUCAUCGUCAGACACAAGGAAAACCGUGCGUGACCUCGCUUUGGAGAUCGGGAUCCGAGUUAUGCUCUUCGGGGUUUUUGUAUUUACUGAAUUCCUGGAACCCUUUGAAAGAGUCAUACAACCAGAGGAGCUUUGGCUCUACAAGAAUCCGCUGGUUGAGUCCGAUCACAUUCCCAAAAGGGUCAUGUUCGCAAUCUCCUUCCUUACUCCACUGGCGGUGAUAUUUGUGGUGAAGAUAAUUCAGAGGACAGACAAAACAGAAAUCAAAGAGGCAUGUCUAGCAGUGUCACUGGCUCUCGCCCUGAAUGGAGUUUUCACAAACACUAUCAAGUUGAUUGUUGGCAGGCCGAGACCUGAUUACUUCCAGCGGUGUUUCCCAGAUGGACAAGUGAACGCAAAGAUGCUGUGCACCGGCGAGCCACAUCUGGUCUCUGAAGGUCGCAAGAGUUUUCCCAGCAGUCAUUCCUCUUUUGCAUUCUCCGGGCUGGGCUUCACUUCCUUCUACCUGGCGGGAAAGCUCCAGUGCUUUACUGAUCGGGGUCGAGGUCGAAGCUGGCGCCUCUGUGCCAUGGUGUUGCCCCUCUACAGUGCAAUGAUGAUCGCCUUGUCCAGGACCUGUGACUACAAACACCAUUGGCAAGAUGCCUUUGUUGGAGGGAUGAUUGGGCUAUUGUUUGCAUACAUCAGCUACCGCCAGCACUACCCCCCGUUUCUCCACACGGACUGUCACCUAGCCUACGCCAGCCUGGCUGCCACCCCUCACACAUCCCCACAUUAUCAGGAGGAUCAGCAGCCCACUGACAAUGCCACAACCCUUCCCCUGGAGGGCUUGACUGAAGCACCACUAUGACUAGUGGCCACCUCUGAGACGACCCUUAACACCCCCAGCAAGCAUGUGAGCCCACCUCAUUCCCACUGACUACAUGGCUCAUGUGUACAUUCCAGUGGACAGUAAGCCACUUUCCUCCAAUCUCUUUUAG